AUGGACGUUCCUCCUCGCAAUACAUCGGCUGCAAAAUGUACGAUCGGUAAAUUACGCGCGUGGGUUAUAUGUAUCUUAGCCCCUGAGGUUACCUUCGUGGUAGCGGCCUUUCAGCUCCUCGAUGCGAAAAAAUUACAGAAGGUGUGCAGCAAGGCACAGAAAGCACGAGACGCGGAAAUAUCAGAGCCAAAAACGUGGCUAUCACAACGGUCUAGGCCGCUUGAACAAGUCCAAAACGUGGACCAUUUGGAUCUACAUCAAGUCCACACCGAAUGGACGCUGCCUCAAUGCUUCUGUGUCGUUGCUGGCGGACUCAUGUUGCAGACGCAGGAUCAAUGGAUUUAUACAAUACAGCCCCGUGAUAUGAAACCUCUCAUCCAGGCCGGUAUAGUCCACUGUUCAGAUUUCCGAGACCAGGAUAUCGAAGAUCGAACGAAAGCAGACUCGUUUGCCAAGUUCUUCACCGUCCUUCAAAGUACCUGGUUUUUAUGCAACAUCAUCACAAGGUGGGCCUGUGAUCUACCAGUAUCCCCCAUCGAAUUGUCAACUGUUGCCUAUGUGGCCUGUGGCAUUUUAAUAUAUGGGGUAUGGUGGUAUAAGCCCAAAGACAUGGGCACGUCUAUCGCAAUCCAUGUACGAUGUAACCGUGAUGAUCUGCUAAUCGAGGUCCGCAAUAUGAUAGGGAACGGAUGGGUCCAUGUGCGUGCUCUCGUCAAGGAGGAUAACUGGAUGUUUGUCCUGUGGAAGAACAUCCGAACGCCUUUCUUAACCAGAGAUGUGGAAACUCUCGUGGAGCACUAUGACACGCGUGAUGAUGAUCUUAACCAAACGGCACUUGAAACUUUCAUCUUUGAUAUAGUAGGCAGUUUCACUGCUCUUCUCUACUGCGGGAUUCAUGUGGCCGCGUCAGUCUGA